AUCAGAAUGUGCUGAAUCAUGUGCUAUUUCCCUCCGAAAUGAGUCAAGGUGGCCUUAUUCUUCGUUUCACUCUUCCUAAUCGCUUGUGGAGCCGUUUCAAUAUGGUUCGGAGUAACCGCAAAAGACUUCACUAUUUAUGGAAUUAUCGGAUCACUUGCAGGGUUCGAUCUCCAGCAAAUCCUCUUCCUAGUCUUCGUCAUAUUGGGAUGUUUCCUGUUCUUUGUAUGCGUGUGUGGCGCCUGUAUUUCCCUCAAAAGAGUUUGCCUUGUGCACUGUUGCUUUACACUGAUGGUCACUCUUUCGUUCAUUGUCUUUCUGGUUACAGGAAUCGGUUUGAUAGUAGGCACAGAACUCAUUGUCAAAGAAAUGGACAAAGCUUGUGAGGAUCCAAACGCUGGUGGUAUCUCUGAAUCGUUCAGAGAAUUGUACGCUAGUGCUGAUACGAUUUAUUGUAUAAAUGGCAUCACUGGCUGUGAAUGUUAUGUCAACUCCACUCGUUUGGUAGGACCUGGAUACACCAUGGUCAACUCGUCCUCAACUGUAAUUAGAGUGCAGCAAUGUACUGCCCAUCUGGAGGAGGCUUAUGCUGAUUACGGAGUCAGUUUUGACGACUUGAAUGCUAUCAUGGAGUACUUAACCUACUUUGGAGAUAUAGAAAGGGAGUACAAAUGUUCUGGAAUUUGUACCUUCAAGAAUAAAUACUACUUCUCAGAUAUCAACAUUGGAGCUCCAGAGAAGACAUGCUUCGAUGUGAUCAGAGACGAUAUCAUCCUUGGAGAUGUCAGAAAUUAUGGAAUCGGUUAUACAGUGUCAGGAGCUGUCCUCUUCAUCAUCUGGUUCGUCCAAUAUGGACUCUGCUGCAGGAAGAAGAAGAAUGCCAGGAAAGGACAGACAAAGAUGUUUUAAAACAAAC